AGUGUCUCCACGGAAGCCAGAGGGAGAGGGUGUCUUUUGGUGACGGCGGCCAAGGAGGUGGGGGAGCCAGAACGGUGAACAGCCUUGCCGAGAGCGGACGGAUGCACACGCACGCUCCCAAACGCUAACCUAGAUCACGUUACUGGACUUCUGCUGUUUUUUUUUUUCUUUUUACGAACUUAUGGUCUUUCGUUGUGAUUUAGUGUUUAGCGUUUUGAUAUUGUUGGUCUUAGCGUUUAAAAAAAAAGACGUGCCUUGUAUCACCCACCCGACUCUGACGAACGAAGUGGAGACUCACAGCAGGAUUUAACGUUUGGGAAGGUGUGGUGAAAAAUACUCAUUUAACCUACACACAUACAUACGCACAAAUACACACAAAAAAAACUCGUGAAUUAGAUCAAAACACACACACACACACACACACCCACCCACCCACCCACCCACCCACACAGACCCACCCACACACACACCCACACACCCACAGACCCACCCCCAUGGACUCGUGGUCUCGGCGACGGUCUGGGGUGGCGCGGGCGGUGGAGGGCGUGGUGAAGCGGCGGAAACACGUGGUGCUGGUGGGGCUGGACGGCUCAGGCAAGACCACAGUGCUGACAAGACUCAAGUACAGGUGCUAUGUGGCCACGACCCCCACCAUUGGCUUCAACCAUGAGAAGGUGUGGGGAGGAGGUUACCGAUGGUCGUGUUGGGACGUGGGCGGAGGAGAGAGAUUGCGCCCUUUGUGGUCCUCCUACACGCGAGCCACGGACGGUUUAGUAUACGUGGUAGAUUCAGCUUCUCCCACGGACGUCAUGGAGGAGGCGAGGGUGGAACUGGCCAGGGUGCUAAAGAAAUCAAGAGCUUCUUCCGCACAGCUGGGCAUCCCCACACCCCCUCUCCUUGUGCUGGCCAACUUCCAGGACCAGAUACACGCCCGUUCAGCCCAGGGCGUGGCACUCUCCUUGGGCUUGAGCGAGGCCGUGGGCGUGGUGUGGGCGGUGGCUCCCGUGUGCGCCCUCACAGGAGAAGGGCUGGACGAUGCCAUGGCGACCCUCAGAGCGCUCAUCGACAAGGUUCGGCAGGAGGCGCGUCGGCGGGACAGGUGGCGCUGAGAUAGAGCUAAGAUGCUACAGAUAAGCUAUGUACUUCGAGACUUCCUCCUUCACUUCACAGCGGCGAGGGACACCUGUGGCUCUACCUGUGGUCCCCCUGUGGUCCCCCUGGCUACCUGCACGCAGCUGGCACCCUUACCUGACACCCUUACCUGGUCGGAAUCAAACCAGUGGGAUGUUUGUCCUGUAUUCUCACUCCUUUCACUCCCUUCACCUCCUUGUCACCCUAUACGCCCUCCCCACACAGAGGCGCCCUUCAGCCAGCCAGUCAAGCAAACACUACCUCCUUCCCUACCUCCCGCCCUUCCCGCCCUUCCCGUCAGCACUCCCUCAGGCCCUAAGGGUUGGGUGGACCUCUGAAAUGUGGUGCCCUUUGUCACCUCUUGGCCUGUGUCGGCUCCUCUUUGUUUUGUUUUGAAGUGUGUUUGUGUGCGUGUGCCUGCCGCCGUCAGGAGGUGAUUAGCGCGACCCUGUCAUGGAGAGACGCUAACGAGGCGCCGAUGAAGGAAGCCACAGACUCAAACGUGUACUCGGGAGAGUGGAGGUGAUGACGGCGAUGCGCUGAGACAGAUUAGCACGCCGGCGCUCUCACCGAUAAGACAGAAAAAAAAAAAAAGAGAAAAAUAAGCGAAACACUCGACUCACGACCCCUUAUCUCACGAAACUCGACGAAACCACGAACGUGAACGACCUGCACCCCGAUGAAGACUUUGCGAUACCGACGACGACCCCCCGGUCCCGUAUGACCUCAACCACGACCCCUCAGCCUCCUCCAGCGACGCCGGUAGGAGGAGCCUUCAGGAGAGCUGCAGAAGGAGAGAAGGAAAAAAAAACGCAACGGAACACAAAGGAAGAACAAACAAUAGCAUGAUUUUUGGUCCAUGCAAGGCUGUUUGUGUAGGAUAGGAAGGCGAAGGGGAAGGAGGAGGAGACUAACAAACAAGAAGAUUCAGGAUGGAAAUAGGAUAGUUUGCCUUGUUUGGGAAGUGUAAUAGUAACAAUGGUAGUGUUUUGACUGUACUAUCUUUCCUUCCAUGUACUACAGUAGUUACUUAUGUACUACUCUACAGAAGAACGCCUAUACUACUACUACUACUACUACUACUACUACUACUACCACCACCACCAAAAUUAUGAUAUGUACCUUAAUUCACAGUAAUAUGGAAACUAUUCACCCACCACCACCACCACAACAACAACAACAACAACAACAACAACAACAACAACAACAACAACAACAACAAAUCGCUAGCUGGCAGGGACACGCCUUUCCCUAAAAAAGAAUAAGGGAAUAAGGGGAAACAAACAAAUGGGAAGACUUGAAUGUUUCCCAAAAUCUCUUCUCCCCCUUCUUCCCUCCCCAAUCUUCCCCUUCCUUUAUUCUUCCUCCUUCUCUCUCCUUCCACAGCUCUCAGUUUAUCAGUUUUGUUUAAUAUUUCUUUGUAGUUUCUGUAUAUGUCUUAUUUACUCUAUUUUAUUGCGAUUUAUCUAUUUAUUCAGCGUUAUUUUAUUAGUUGUAUAUUUCUCUCUCUCUCUCUCUCUCUCUCUCUCUCUCUCUCUCUCUCUCUCUCUCUCUCUCUCUCUCUCUCUCUCUCUCUCUGUCUCUCUCUCUCUCAUUUAGUAUUACAUAUUUAAUCUCCAUAUACAUAAUUUUAAAAGAUUUUAUAUAACUUAAUCAAAAAAUAAACAGUAUUACAUGAGUA